AUGUUGUCACUUCGCACUGCUGUGCGGAGAGCUUCCCCCAAUGUACGAGCGCUCUCCGCACCACGCGCCAUUCUUUCGUCCGCGAGACUGUCUGCGCCCUCUUGCCGCCAUACGUUGGGGGCAUCCGCUAUUUCGAUCUCACAGACUCGCCUUUACUCGCGAUCUGCUGAUUCCCAACUGGCCGCUACCCGGUCCACUGUGGUUCAGUUGUUGAGUAACAUCGGCUCGAAGCGUGAGGUGCAGCAAUACCUCUCUCACUUCACUUCUGUUUCCUCGCAGCAGUUUGCCGUCAUCAAGGUUGGCGGUGCUAUUCUCACGGAGCACUUGCAGACGCUCUCUUCGGCUCUUGCUUUCCUCAACCAUGUCGGACUCUACCCGAUCGUCGUACAUGGCGGUGGACCUCAGCUGAACCGCAUGUUGGAGGACGCUGGUGUGGAACCAGAGUUCGAGGAUGGAAUCCGAGUCACCGAUGGCAAGACUUUGGCUCUCGCUAGGAAGCUAUUUCUGGAGGAGAACCUGAAGCUGGUGGAGGAACUGGAGCGGAGGGGCGUCAGGGCUCGUCCCAUCGUCUCCGGGGUUUUCACUGCCGAUUAUCUCGACAAGGACAAAUAUAAGUUGGUUGGCAAGAUAAACGCUGUUGACAAGGCUCCCAUCGAGGCUGCCAUCAAUGCUGGUUGUCUGCCGAUUCUGACUUCCAUGGCGGAAACCCCUGAAGGACAGGUCCUCAAUGUCAACGCUGAUGUCGCUGCUGGUGAGCUGGCACGUGCUCUUCAGCCUUUGAAGAUUGUCUACCUAGCCGAGAAGGGAGGUUUGUUCAAUGGCGACACUGGCGAAAAGAUCUCCGCUAUCAAUCUGGAUGAAGAGUACGACCACUUGAUGAAGCAGUGGUGGGUGCGCCACGGGACACGCCUGAAGAUCAAGGAAAUGAAGGAGCUCCUCAGCGAUUUGCCUCGCACAUCCAGCGUUGCUAUCAUCCAUCCGGCAGAUCUACAGAAGGAACUCUUCACCGACUCUGGUGCCGGUACUCUAAUCCGCCGAGGAAACAAGUUGCACACCAAAACCAGCCUUUCCGAAUUUGAGGACCUGGAGAAACUGAAGGAAGUGUUGGUUCGUGACCGUGAAGGACUGGAUGCGCGGGCUACCGUUGAUCGCUAUGUUGACUGGUUGAGCGAACGCAAGUUCAAGAUUUACUAUGAUGAACCUAUGGAGGCAUUGGCGGUGGUGCUCCCUUCAGAGAACGAAUCCGGCUUGGCCCAGUUGGCCACUUUCACCAUUACCAAGUCAGGAUGGCUAACAAAUGUUGCCGAUAACGUCUUUGCCAGCAUCAAGAACGACUUCCCCAAGCUCGCUUGGACCGUGAAGGAAGAUGAUGAGAACCUGACUUGGUUCUUUGACAAAGCCGAUGGCAGUUUGAGCCGCGACGGCCAUGUUCUCUUCUGGUCUGGCAUUGAGAAUGGCGAGGAGGUCAAGGACUUGAUCCUUGAAUUCACCAAACAUGGCCGCCAGAUGCUGGGUAACGUCAACCUGGAAUCAAGGCUCCACCAUGCGGCGCAAGCGGCCCUCGCCAAGGGAUUUGGCGCCAGCGCUGCUUCUAUUGAACAGAAGCGUGCCUUUUCUUCCACCAGCAAUGCCCUCCGUGCUGUUCGCUUGACUCGUCCUACCGUUGCCGUGAGCGUCACCCGGUCUUACAGCACCACUAACCCCAACCCCCCUCUCGGAGACAAGAAUAUAUCCAAUAGCCAGCCAUCGAAGGUUGCCCUUAUUGGGGCUCGUGGUUACACUGGUCAGGCUCUUAUCAGCCUGCUCAACUCCCAUCCUCACAUGGAUCUCCGCCAUGUCUCUUCUCGAGAACUUAACGGAAAGAAGCUCCAAGGAUACGAAAAGCGCGAAAUCAUCUAUGAGAACUUGAGCCCCGAUGAUGUACGACGGAUGACCUCGAACGGAGAUAUCGAUUGCUGGGUUAUGGCCCUCCCCAAUGGUGUCUGCAAGCCCUUCGUAGACGCGGUGGACCAGGGUUCCGACAAAAACGGUGUGAUCAUCGAUCUGAGCGCAGAUUAUCGUUUUGACAACAGCUGGACCUACGGUCUCCCAGAGUUGGUUAACAGAUCUAAGAUUGCACGCGCAACGCGUAUUGCCAACCCCGGAUGCUAUGCUACUGCCUCGCAGCUUGGUAUUGCUCCUCUGGUGCCGUAUCUUGGUGGGCAGCCGACCGUUUUUGGUAUAUCUGGGUACUCAGGAGCUGGUACCAAGCCUAGCCCUAAAAACGAUGUCGAGAACCUCACAAACAACAUCAUUCCCUACAGCUUGACGGAUCACAUUCAUGAGAAGGAAAUCAGUUCGCAGCUUGGCACUCCAAUUGCGUUCAUUCCCCAUGUGGCUGUUUGGUUCCAAGGUAUUCAUCUUUCCAUCAACAUCCCUCUGGAGAAGGAGAUGACCUCUCGUGACAUCCGCAACAUCUACCAGGAUCGCUAUGCUGGUGAGAAACUUGUCAAGAUCGUCGGUGAAGCUCCUUCUGUGAAGAACAUUGCCGGCAGACAUGGCGUUGAGAUUGGCGGUUUCGCUGUUCACUCCAGCGGCAAGCGAGUGGUUGUCUGCGCCACCAUUGACAACCUACUGAAGGGUGCAGCAACGCAAUGUCUUCAAAACAUGAACCUCGCGCUCGGAUAUGGCGAAUAUGAGGGUAUUCCUCUUGAAUAA